AUGUCUGUCUCGUUCAUGAACACACUCUUUGGGUGCAACUCGGACAAAUGGCCUCACAACGAGGAGUCGCUUGUUCUGGCCCUUCAGACACGGAUCCAGCAGGAGCGCACCAAACAGGAGUACUACAAGGUUGAGCAGCUGAAUAAAACGUUGGAGCUCGUGAAACUGGCUGCACAGAUCAACGUCCCGCCCGAACUCAUCCCCGUUCUCGUUCCCGAAAGGUCGGGAACACUGCCCGCUCCAAACAAGGCGGACUCUAACCCCAUGGCCAGUUUCAAGUUUGGUGCCGGCUCGGCUCAACGCAAAACCACUCUGAACCCCAGACACCAGCUGUCUCCGUCGAAAAUCGGCGCCCAUGCAGUCUCUUCGUUGCUUAAUGGCAAGCAGCCAAUCGAUGUCAACGACGUGCGACGCGGCAGACACCACCGAACCAUCUCGCUGCCACCAGAAGUGUCGAUUCCUGAAGAUUCAGAACACAGCUCGCGGAAAAGACACAGCUCUCAGCAGACGUUUCGCUAG